AUAUUUUAUAGACGCUCUUGGCUGCUGAACGGUUCAUCAGGAGCUCCUGCUUACAUCUAAUUCCGAAUAGAUACGUGUUCACUCGGAUUGGAGGUAAGGAGCUCCUGUAUCUUCAGCAGCCACCAAGUAUUUUCCUAAUUUUAUUUCUAGAAGCCAAAGUAUGGUACAACGAGAAAUACUUACCUGUCGUAGACAAGAACUGGAUUUCUGCUUGCAGAAACAAAACAGUAGAAAACUUGAUUCCUGAAAUUGUUUCUCUGUGAAAUAAAAGAAGACAGAAACUGAGAGAGAAGAUCGAAGCGCGGAAACAGGGAGACGCAGACGAAGACAGAAAAAGUGGAGAGAGAGAGAGAGAGACAGAGACAGAGAGAGAGAGAGAGAGAGAGAGGGGUGGUUGGGUAUGGAGAUGCUGUGGACAUGGCUGCUGAGUUUCUUCUUCAUUCUAGCUUUGCUGUGCAUUCUGGGUUAUCAGCUUGUGUGCUUGGUGGACCUUGAGUACGACUACAUCAACCCAUAUGAUUCAUCAUCUCGGAUAAACAGUGUCAUUUUGCCAGAAUUUAUUGUUCAAGCAGUUUUGUGCUUCAUUCUUCUUAUAGCGCGACAUUGGUUCAUGCUUUUCAUGGCUCUGCCGCACCUUUAUUAUAAUGUCAAUUUGUACAUGACGAGACGGCACUUGGUAGAUGUGACUGAGAUCUAUAACCAACUGAGCUGGGAGAAAAAGCAACGCUUUUUUAAGAUUGGCUAUCUUUUGGCCCUAUUCAUUCUUUCUUUAUUCUGGUUGCUAUGGAGCAUUGGAGACGAAUAUGAUUAACCAGACAUCAUUGCUCCCACCAAGCGUUGCACAUCGUUUUUAUGAUGGAGCCGGAGACGGACACUCGUGGAUAUAAAAUCAUGACUUGUGCGUAAUUCAGCCUGGUUUUGGCACCUGAUUUGUAAAAAAAUUAAAAAAAUAUUUGUUAAUAUUGUUGAGGAUGACCAUUUGGACGAGAAUGACUAGAUAGAAUGGGUAUACUUUCAGGUCGCAUUUGUGUCAAUUAAAUAAACCCAUAUGUAAGUUUGUGUAGUCAUGUACUUGUUUCAUUGGUAUGAGACAGGAUGACACGUAGUAGUGUAAGUUGUUCUCCUAUAGUACAAAUCCUUAGAGAUUUUAAACUUAGAAGAUUACAUAUGGCUAUUUAUAAUACAAUGAAAAUAUGACACAAGAUUUCUAGUUGAA